AUGACCGAUCUCGAUCCGAAUUCUCCCGCCAACCUCCGUGCACUCAUUCUCUAUGACAUUGCUCAACGGAAAACUAUGCGAGAAUCAAUAGAAAAUCAUCGAUUUUUGUGUAAAAAUUUGGAAAAAAAAGCGAUUUCAUAUGAUGAAUACGAGCUUUGUUUCAAUCGAUGUCUCAAUGAAAUCUACCAUUCUACUAUUGAGAAUAGAGAUCUCCCAAUUGCUGAUAUCCAAGUAUGCAUUCUAUCAGAUGUCAUCGACAGAAAAACUGCUGAAAAAUCAAUCGAUGAUUUGUGCAAAGCAUUCAAAAAUCAUAAAAUCAAUAAGGAAGAUCAUGAUUAUUGGUACAAACGCUUUCACCGCGGACAUGUCAUUCAAGUUACAUUCUCCGAUUUCCCAGAAGAUGUUCUCGCUGAAAUUGUCGGAAGAUGUGAUAUGAAGUCAUAUUUAAAUCUCCGCAACGUUUCAUUUGGACUUCGAGCACUCAUUGAUCAGCUGGCGCCUCCCUGCACUGAAAUUGAAGUGCGUUGUAGAGCCCGGUUAGAAUUUGGUGUAUAUGGUGCACUUCCGGCUGACUCGAUUUGUUUCAAAACACCGGAUUCAUGUCUUCCAAUCGAAGAGAUCGAAAAACGAAUGCCUCGAUCACUGACAUUUUUGCUGAGAAAUCCCAAACUCCAACUGGAAAGUUUCGGAGUUGUCAAGUUUGCUUUUCAAGGGUUCUUAUCGGAUACAGAGACCGUAAUCAGGGUUAUGAACACAUUUAAUCGUACAAUUCACGUUAAACAUUGCUCAAUUGACGUCGACAGCGAAAAAGAGUUGAUCGGAAUGUUACAAUGCUUCAAACCGGGAACACUCGAAAAAAUUGAGUUUAACCACGAUUUUCCGUUGAGCAAUCAAAUCGAUGAAAUAGACCAAUGGAAACAAGCAAAACAUCUCGUGUUGACUGGAUACAAAUUGCCGUCCAUUGACCAUCUAUCUCAUUUCUCAACCAUUGAAACGUGCUUUGUUCCGAUUCACCUGGAAGACUUGGUCAAGAGCAUUCCCAUAUGGACCAACUUCGAGCAUUUCAAAAUAGAAGAUGAGGAUACGGAUCCGGAAGAAGUGAAGAUAGCUCUGAACCUCCAGCCAACUGCCUCUCCAGAAGUUUACUCAAUUCCAAAUACAAAUUUGUUUAUUCAGUUCGAGCGUUGGGAUUCGACAAUGCUCAAAAUCUACAAAAGUUAA